GUCGCUAAAGUUGUCUUUGACCAAAAGUCAAUCGUACUUCAAAAUUUUGCAGCCAAGUAACAUCAUCAACUUAGCGCACAAAAUGCCGCUAUCCAAACAAGAGUCUUUGAAUCUGCGCCAAAAACUUAUUGGAGAACCAUGCCAACUGUUUUUCCGACAAAACCCCUUGAAAAUCGUCAGGGCUAAGGGGCAGUACAUGUAUGACGAGAAAGAUGAUUCGUAUUUGGACUGCAUUAACAAUGUUGCCCACGUUGGGCAUUGUCAUCCAGAAGUGGUCAAAGCUGGAAGUGAGCAGAUGGCUUCACUAAGCACAAACAAUCGUUACCUUCACGACAACAUUCUUCUCUGCGCCCAAAGAAUUCUGAGCACGAUGCCAGACGAAUUGUCAGUAUGUUAUUUCGUCAAUUCUGGCUCAGAAGCUAACGAUUUGGCGCUGAGAUUGGCACAAAUACAUACCGGAAAUAAGGAUGUUAUCGCUUUGGAACAUGCUUACCAUGGUCAUUUGACUUCGUUGAUUGAUAUUUCUCACUACAAAUUUAACCUACCUGGUGGCGUUGGAAAAAAGGAGCACGUUCAUGUGGCCCCACUACCUGAUUCUUAUAGAGGUAAAUAUCGUGACACUGAGUAUCCAAAGGAGAAUAUAGGCCAUGCAUAUGCCGACGAUGUCCGCGAAAUUUGCCAAAAAGUUCAAGAGAAAGGAGAUGGAGUAAGUGCCUUCAUAGCAGAAAGUCUUGUAAGCUGCGGAGGUCAAGUUAUUCCGCCCAAAAAUUAUUUCAAUGAGUAUGGUGGUAAUCCAGUUUCUUGUGCCAUAGCAAAUGCAGUUUUCGACACGAUAGUAAAUGAAAAUCUAAGAGAAAAUGCUGUAGUUGUUGGUGAAUACCUUCUCGAUAACUGCCAAUUAUUAGGCAAGAAACACAAAUGCAUAGGUGACGUCAGAGGAGUUGGUCUCUUCGUUGGAAUUGAUUUAGUGAAAGAUAGAGCAACCAGAGUACCUAACACGGAUUGUGCCAAAUUUGUAUUGCAAAGGAUGAGAGAAGAACACAUUCUCAUCAGUCUCGACGGACCUCACGGCAAUAUCAUCAAGUUCAAGCCUCCAAUGGUAUUUACCAAAGAAAAUGUAGAUGAAGUAGUCUCUACAUUAGAUAGAGUAUUCAAAGAAUGGAGACACCAAGAAGAAUUAUAUGAUGUUAAUACCCACAAACCAUCGAUACAUGUUUCAGAAAGUACAAAAACUACAAAAGAACACAGACCCAUGGGAUCCUUAUUCAAGGAUUCGAAUAUUAAGUCUAUUUAAUACGUGGAAAAGAGUUAUAAGUAUAAAGAAUCGAUGUUAAAUUACAAUAAUUUAAAAACAAUUAUCAAAUUAACAUUCAAAUACUUCGUUUAUUUGCUACAUUCAUUCAUAUAAUUAAACAGAUAUAUAAGUCUUAGCAGUAAACUAUUGUCUGUAUAAUUGGUCUUUACUAAAGUCACUAAUAAGAAAAAAUAACACUAAACGAAAUUAUAGAUUCUAAUUUGAAGGUUAUUAAAUAAUGAAUGGUAUCUAAUGGUAUUUAGUAAAUAUGUUAAAUUAUUGUGUAAAAUUUAGUAUUAACAUUACUGAAAAAAAAAAUAAGAAAAUUUGAAAACAAUUUCUUAAUUUUAAUUAGUGUUUCUUCAUGUAAAUAUUUAUUUUUUAUAUUUAAUUUUCCACUAUUUAAACUUUUGUUACAUGUAUGAUAAGUAAAACAAGAGAAAAGAGUAUUAUAAUGCAUUCUAGAUUAAGUCUUAUGUAUAAUUUUAACAUGUGACAAUGUGUGAGGGAUUAUUAUCGAUGUUUUAAUUGAUAAAAAUACAUAUAUUUUUAUAGAAAUUG